CACACACCAAAACAACUAGCAGAUCGAGCAGGAGCAGGUGAGCUAAUCCAGACACUUCCUUGGAGCUCAACUCAAAGCAGAGGAUCAACUUCUGUUCCUGCGUGCAAAACAUCACAAGGUCCAGUCAAGCAAUGGCCACCAAGAUCUACAUCGUGUACUACUCGACGUGGGGCCACGUGGCGACGCUAGCGGAGGAGAUCAAGAAAGGCGCGGACGCCGUCCCCGGCGUGGAGGCCACGGUGUGGCGCGUGGUCGAGACGCUUCCAGAGGACGUGCUAGGGAAGAUGGGAGCGGCGCCGGCGCAUGAGGAUCACCCGGUGAUCUCCCCACGAGACCUCGCAGACGCCGACGGCGUGCUGCUGGGCUUUCCGACGCGGUUCGGCAUGAUGGCGGCGCAGAUGAAGGCAUUCAUAGACGCCACCGGUGGGCUGUGGCAGAGCCAGGCACUGGCGGGGAAGCCCGCCGGCGUGUUCCUCUCCACAGGCACUCAGGGUGGUGGCCAGGAGACCACCGCGCUCACCGCCGUCACGCAGCUCGUGCACCACGGCAUGCUCUUCGUUCCUCUGGGUUACACCUUCGGCGCUGGCAUGUUUGGCGUCGACGAGGUCAGGGGUGGCAGCCCCUACGGCGCUGGGACCUUUGCCGGUGCCGAUGGCAGCAGAACACCCUCCGAGGUCGAGCUCGCCGUGGCCAGACACCAGGGCACCUACUUCGCUGGCAUCGCCAAGAAGCUUAAGGUCGGAGCCGCGGCCCUUGAUGCCGAAGCCUCAGCGUCAGCUUGAUGAUAUUCAUUUCAUCGUGCCUCAGCCUGUCUUUAUUUAUAAAUAAUAAUCCCCUACCUUAUUAUUGAUCAAGAUUUAUUUUAUUGUAAACGU